UUUGUCCGCUAAAUUCUUGAUAUGUUUAGCAUGCUCAGAAUCCAUGUUAUUAGACAAGAUCUUGUAUGCCUCUGCGACUCUAUCGUAGCCUGUCUUUCGCACAGGUUAUUUUUGUCAAUGCCAAUGUACCUCUACAGUGUCAUUCGGUCAAUUGUUUUAAUCCCUUGCUGCUGAUCGUAUGGACUUUUUCUCUUCUUUCACUUCCUUGGUUGCUCUUUUAAGAACCUCAAGAGGGGCCAGACUUCAUCAUGUCCCGUGUAUACAAACGUAAAACAAGCAGGUGUCUGCUCUGUUAACAAUAAAUUCAUAUGCAUGACAAACUGCAGAAACACUAUGCAUUUUAUGCAUAAAACGGACAAAUGUAAUCAUUAUUUGUAUGGGGUAUGUUGAGCCAUUGGCUAAUUUGUUCCCACAAUAAUCUAAAAUGUAUUUUUAUAGGAAGUUGUAUACAUUCACAACACUUACUUUGAAAUUAGCCACUUUUCUUUUUAGAAAUACAUUUCUUGAUUUCAGACACUGGACGUAGAUCUCCUCAUUUUCGCGUUCCGAUUGGCUGAAUGGCUACUGGCUAGGCAAGUGGUACGCUGAAAAAGGGGUCUGGAGUGUUCAUAGUGAUCGCAUUAAAACAAAAAAAUAUACGAAUUAAUUAACAACAACAAGAAAAAUGACAGCACACAUCUUAAGAUAAUUAACAUGUUCAUAGUUAAGAUGAUUUUUGUAUUUGAAAUCUUUAGCAGGUUAUCACUUUGUAAUUCGUGUAUGAUAUAUCCAUUUACUAAAUCAUACUAAUUGAUUCAUUUUAAAAUAUGUAAUCCUUUAUCUUACAGAACAAAUUAUAGUCUGUCUGUGUGAAUAUCCACCUUGUGUUAGACAGAGAUAAGAACAACGUCCCCCCUCCAGAAAGUGAGAUGGGUAGAUAGGGACAACUGAAAUGGGCCGGAGGGGCCAGAUAACGACAUGGUAUACCGCCUUAUUAGACUAGGCCUCUGGGUACAUAAAAAAUGAGCUCAUUACAACUUCUGCAAGAGAGGAAACAAGCUGCUACCAAGCAGUGUUUGGAGUAUCAUCAUAUCCAUGGAGGACAUGGGAGAGGGGGAAGAGCCUGCAGCCAGUCUGCACUUUGUGGGCAUGAAGGAGGACCUGAUAAAAGCCAAGCGGUCGUUCAGGAAUCUGGAGGGCAGGGACAUACUGGUGCUCUAUCACCAGGAGAUUUUCUAUGCUCUGGACUUCCACUGUUACCAUGCCGGGGGACCAUUGCAAAAUGGAGACAUAGAGGAAUUUGACGGCAAGCUGUGCAUAGUGUGUCCAAAGCACAAGUACAAGAUCUCUCUCGCCGAGGGGGAGGGCAUCUACAGGGCCACCAACCCUUAUGCCCCAGUGCCCGCAACAAGGUGGUACUCCAAGGGCAUUAAGCAAAGAGUCCACACGGUGACCGAGACUGACGGGGUCGUUUAUGUCACACUGUCCCACAUGUCCCGUUUUAUCGAGUCUGACUACUUCCAGGGAGAGAAGGGCAAAGUAGAGAGGGAGAGAAUGGAGGCCAAAGAUUCUUCUAAGAAAUCUAACACAACCUCCUGAUGGACUGUAUGUCAAUAGUCUAAAAUGGCUUCCUCUCCUUGCCUCCUCAUCUGCACUGAUCUGAAGGGAAGGUAAAGGAGGGAAGGAGGCGAGGAGAGGAGAGGAAGCCAGGUCCAACUAUUAACAUACAUUUGGGGUUUUCCUAAAGUUUACUUGUCUUCAAAUGGGGAUGUAGUAAUUAUAGCAACCUUGACAUUUGAUUUGUGUCCAGAGACUUGAGCAGCCAAUCAGAUCUCUGACAUAAAUAUGCUAAAGGCAGGAUGUGAGUGAACUGAGUUUAAAAACGACCAAUCACAUGUUUCCUUAUUGUAUGGGGUCGGGGUAACGUUAUCGUUUUUUUUUUUUUUGGUGAACAUUUCAUACAUUCCACAAGAAUCUGUUGUUUUUAUGUGUUUUAGGCUAUCACGUUACGUUAUCUUAUACAGAUUAUCUCACUCACUGCUCAGUCGACUUGUGAAUUGUAGCUCCUUCUCACGUGGGAUGAGUUAAGUCUACCUGGAGAGCACAACACUCCUGUGGUUCAGUAAUAAAGCUAAUAAAACGAGUGCUGAUGGCU